AGCACAAUGUUGGCUGUGAUGUCGACCAACCUGUUUUCUUAGCCUACUUCUGGCAAAGAAUCAAUGAUGAUAUCACAAUGUUAAAACCUACCCCCAAAGGAGAGAGCUCCCUGCAGACAGGGAAGUUAAAAAUUAGUGCGGUUCCCUACAAACGUCAAGGUUUUGUGCCAAGUGUACUGAAAGGAGAGCCGAAGUUGCUGGGGGUUCUUCAUAUCCUGAUAGGCUUGAUCAUCAUUGCACUUGGAGUCUUUUUAUUUUCCAGUAUCAACCAACUCAAGCUUCCAAAGUCAAAAGCUCCCAUCUUGCAUGUCACAAAAUAUCCAUACUGGGCAGGAGCAUGUUAUGUCAUUACAGGAUUCGUUACAGUUUUUAGGACACGGUUUGUCCAAAGGAAGGGUAUUUUGUCUCUCUUGCUUAUCCUUACUACAGCCCAGAUGUCCAUCGCUGCAACACUCGUAGCUUUUCAUUGUACAGGAACGAGGAAAAACCUUGCAAAUGAGGUUGUAUAUUUCCUGCCUUCUGAAAUCGAGGAGCCCAAACAAACUGAGAGUGUGCAAAACCAGUCACGGUUCCACAUUAAGAAAAAUCCUACUGACCAAAAUGAAGAAAAUGUAUUGGUCUCCUUAAUUGGGAACUAUACUUUCUUUAAAUUAAGAGCUUCAGGAAGUUCUGUAACCCAAUUGGAGCCUCCACUGUCUCCACUACCUCCACGGCCUCCACCACCUCCACCACCUCCACUUCCACCACCUCCUCCCAUCACAAUAGAGGAAACCCUUGAAAGUACAGAUUCAGAAAGCUCAAUUUCAAGGAAAGGAUCCACUCAAAUUUGUUUUUCCAAUAUUACUCCAAAGGAUUCUGCACUCGUUUCUUACUUCUCUACCCCAAGCAGAUCGAAUAUAUCAAUACAAAAAUCACUUUCCUUACCUUCAAUUACAGACAAGCCUGUGCAAAUUUCUACAUUUUCAGGGCUAGGUUCAGCAAGAGUAUUAACAGAAGCUUACCCUUACUUCAGCUCAAGUUCCACAAGUGAAUGCAUAGUGAAUGCUCCCCUUUCCACAGGACUACUUGGAGUGAACAGAUCCACCCAAUUUCCCUCUUUCUCAGGCCCAAGAGGACCAGCAGAAAUCACAGAAAUUCCCUCUUCCUUUUCCAGCCCAAGUUCAACAAACGAAUUCAUAGAGGCUCCUCUUUCCAUAAGACUACUUGGAGUGAACAGAUCCAUCCAAUUUCCCUCUUUCUCAGGCCCAAGAGGACCAACAGAAAUCACAGAAAUUCCCUCUUCAUUUUCCAGCCCAAGGUCAACAAGUGAAUCCAUAGGAGCUCCCCUUUCCACAAAACUACCUGGAGUGAACAAACCCAUCCUAUUUACAUCUUUCUCUGGCCCAACUGGACCAACAGAAAUCAAUCCUUACAUUUCUUGCCCAAGUUCAACAAGUGAAUCCAUAGAAGCUCCCCUUUCCACCAGACCAUUUGGAGUGAACAAAUCCAUCCAAUUUCCCUCUUUUUCAGGUCCCAGUGCCCCCACAGAAGCCACAGAAGUUCCUUCUCCUUCCUCCAGCAUAAGUUCAAGUGAAUCCAUGGAAGCUCCUUCUUCUUCUGGCCUACUAGCAAAAAGUAAAUCCGUUCAAUUCCCUUCUUUCUCAGGUGUCACUGUACCCACAGAAGUUAAAAAGCUUCCUCCUCCAUCCUCCAUCCCACCUCCAACCAAUGAAUGCAUGGAAGUUACCCCACUGUCAUACCUAAUUGAAAAAAGCACAUCUGCAAAAUAUCUCUCUUUUUCAGGGGUCAUGGCACUAAAAAAAGUGAAAAUUGCCCCUCCCUCCUCCAGUCCAAGUUCAACCAGUGAAUCCAUACAAGGCCAACCUUCCUCAGGUCUAAAAGCAAAGAGCAAACCCAAGCAAUUUCCUUCAUUUAGAGGCCAAAGUUCACGAAGAGAAAUCAAAGAAUCCCCCCCUUCCUCCUGCAGCCCAAGUUCAACCAGUGAAAUCAGGGGAAGUCCCCCAUCAAGUAAAUCUUCUAUCUCAGGUCUCACUGCACUGACAGAAGUCAAAGAAGUCCCUCCUCCCUCUCUGAUCAUUCGUUCAAUCAGUGAAGCCAUGGAACCUCCUUCCUCAGGUAAAGUGGCAACAAGGAAAUCUAUAACAUUUUCUUCUAUCUCAGGUGCCAGUUCAGCCACAGAGGUCACACAAUGCUCCCCUUCCUCCACCAUACAUAUUUCCGGUGAAUCCAUGGAAAUUCCUUUCUCUGGGCUAGUUACAAUGAACAAAUCUGUGCAAUUUCCCUCUUUCUCAGGUCCAACUGAAACAACAGAAGUCAAAGAAGUUCCCCCUUCCAUUCCCAGCCCAAAUUCACCAAAUGAAUCCAUGGAAGUUCCUUCCUCAGGUCAACUGCCUACCGUCAAUGAGUGA